UCUCCAAUCCUUCUGUCCCGAAAAUCUCAACACAUGCAAAUCGAGACACCGAAAUGGCCGAAAGCCAGGAGCGCCAGAGUCGAACGCCAACCGAGCGAGAAACCCACUUCUAGAAGCUUCUAGAUCUCCCGGAAGGAGGCGGGGAGGGGAGUAGGCCUGGGCCCUGGUGUAGGGUUUCUCUUUGCUGAUGGCGUCCGCCAAGUCGUCGAGGUCGCGGCCCGCCGGCCACUCCGGCGUGUUCCCGGUGAACGCGGCGGCCGGCGCCGGGGGCGGCGACGGCGGGGUGCAGCUCGCGGAUAAGCUCAAGAUAUUCAAGACCGGCAAUUUCGACCCUGACGCCUACGUGCAGUCCAAGUGCCGGACCAUGAACGAGAAGGAAAUAAGACACUUGUGUUCUUAUCUACAAGAUUUAAAGAAGGCUUCUGCUGAAGAGAUGCGAAGAAGCGUUUAUGCAAAUUAUGCUGCAUUCAUCAGAACAUCGAAGGAGAUAUCAAACCUUGAAGGGGAGCUAGUAUCUAUUAGAAAUUUGCUAAGUACGCAGUCAGCUCUAAUUCAUGGUCUAUCCGAGGGAGUUCAGAUCGAUUCCUUGACUACAAGGCCUGAAGGUUCUGAAGAACAGAACAUAUCCACGGUUGAAGACCAGGAGCCAUCAGAGUUACAGAAAUGGUGCACAGAUUUCCCUGACUUGCUUGAUGUUUUGCUAGCCGAAAGAAGAGUGGAUGAAUCACUGGAUGCCCUGGAUAAAGCAGAACGAAUUGCUUCUGAUGCAAAACAGAAGGGGACUCUAGCCACAGCUGACAUUCUGGCUUUAAAGAGGGUUGUAUCUGAAAAUCGUCAAAAGUUGUCAGAUCAACUAGCUGAAGCUGCUUGCCAGUCUUCUACUCGUGGUGUUGAACUUCGCGCUGCAGCUUCUGCUCUCAAGAGACUCGGCGAUGGACCUCGUGCUCAUAGUUUGUUGCUCAGUGCACACGAUCAAAGGCUUAAAUUAAACAUGCAAACAGUGCAUCCAUCUAGCACGUCAUAUGGUGGGGCAUACACUGCGUCUCUCGCGCAGCAAGUUUUUUCAGUUAUAGCUCAGGCUCUCAGUGACUCUGUUGAAGUCUUUGGUGAUGAAUCAUCGUACGCAUCUGAACUGGUUACAUGGACUACUAAGCAAGCAAUGUCAUUUGCGCUACUUGUAAAGAGGCAUGCUUUAGCCUCUUGUGCAGUUGGUGGCGGCUUAAGAUCUGCUGCAGAAUGUGUUCAGAUAGCACUUGGUUAUUCGGACUUGCUGGAAGCUCGUGGUCUGUCACUUUCAGCAGUUCUGAUGAAGCAAUUCACACCCUCUGUUGAGCAAGCAUUAGAUUCCAAUUUGAGGAGAAUUGAUGAGAGCACUGCUGCUUUAGCUGCAGCUGAUGACUGGGUACUCACCUAUCCUCCAACUGGUAUACGUCCAUUUGCUAGAUCAUCUGCUGGUAAUCUGGCACUCCAGCCCAAGCUCUCAAGCAGUGCUCACCGUUUCAAUUCAAUGGUUCAGGAUUUCUUUGAGGAUGUUGAACCACUGGUUAGUUUACAGCUAGGUGAUUCCACGAUGGACGGGCUUCUGAAAAUAUUCAAUUCAUAUGUAAAUUUGCUCAUAAGUGCUCUACCAGGGUCUGUGGAUGAUGAAGUGAAUUUGGAAGGUUUAGGGAAUAAGAUUGUUAGAAUGGCAGAGACGGAGCAGCAGCAGUUAGCUUUGUUAGCUAAUGCAUCUUUACUAGCCGAGGAGUUGCUACCUAGAGCAGCUAUGAAGCUGUACUCUAUGAACCCAGCUAGCAUGGAUUGUAUGCGUAAAAGAGUUCUUGACAAACAAAAUCGUGCGGGCGAGCAACGAGAAUGGAAAAGGAAGCUGCACCGUACACUGGACAAACUGAGAGAUAGUUUCUGCAGACAGCAUGCUCUUGAUCUUAUAUUUACGGAAGAAGGUGACACCCAUCUGAGCGCAGAAAUGUACAUCAAUAUGGAUCAUACUGUUGAAGAGCCAGAAUGGGUUCCGUCUCUGAUUUUCCAGGAACUAUAUGCAAAAUUAAAUAAGAUGGCAAGCAUUGCUGCAGACAUGUUUGUUGGGAGGGAAAGGUUUACCACAUUGCUACUGAUGCGACUUACAGAGACAGUCAUACUGUGGCUCUCAGAAGACCAGAGCUUUUGGGAAGAGAUAGAAGAGGGACCGAGGGUUCUGGGUCCCCUUGGACUUCAGCAGUUCUACCUGGAUAUGCAAUUUGUCAUACUUUUUGGGCAAGGGCGUUUCUUAUCUCGGCAUGUGCAUCAAGUCAUAUUGGAUAUCAUUGAUAGAGCGAUGGCAGCGUUUUCUGCUACUGGAAUGAACCCUGAUAGUGUCCUUCCAAGCGACGACUGGUUCAUCGACGUUGCUCACGAAACUAUCAGUAGGAUCAGUGGGAAGGCUCGAGUUGCCAAUGGGGAGAGGGAGGUGAACAGCCCGACGGCCUCCGUUUCAGCACAAUCUAUGUCGUCGGUUAGAUCUCGCGGCAGCUACUAGUGCGCAGUGCAGGCUAGACAUGCAGGUCCUUGUGUAAAUGAUGUAGUGUACUUGGUUCUUUGUCUGUAUUUUUUUCCUUCUCUGUAUCAGAUUGUUGUAUCUGGAUAUGUUGUGCUAGUGUAUAUAUGGUUGAGUGGUUGUCUGGCCUGGGAGAAAUCCUU